ACCUACAAAUGAACUGCUGCUGGCUGCUAACAAAUUCAGAUUGUCACUCGUUUUUCUGUUGUGUACAUCAUCAAAUUGUUAAAUGGAGUCAUUAGCAACAGAGGAUGAGCUUUUUCCUACACCUCCACUGUACUUCUUACCAGGUGAAAGUCACAGUGGGCCAAGCGUGAGGUUCUACCAUAUUCACUCACCUUCCACGCCUCCACCACCUUCCUCCACCUUUUCUCCUGGAGUUGGCUGCACCACUGAAACUCACGCACCUCUAACAGAUGCAGCCAAAGACUCCAGACUGCUGAACUUGUCUGCUUCCCCUCAAUCGCCUGUCAGGCGGACGCGUGUGAGCUAUGAAAUGGAGCUGUUUUGCUAUCCAGCUCUGACAACAUGCCCUUCCUGUCAGACUCGGGUCACCACGCAGGUCACCUACAAAGUCGGGAGGUUCGCGUGGCUCAUGUGUCUUGUGUUCGUGUUCUGCGGGUUGGUGUUUGGAUGCUGCCUGAUUCCGUUUUUUGUGAACUAUUUCAAGGACACCAGUCACACUUGUCCUCGCUGCAAACUCUUCCUCCAUAUGCACAGGAGGACAUGCUGUGAAUGAGCACACACACAAGAUCAACAAGCAACAGGUUAAUGUGUGUGUAAAUCCAUGCACAAGUCAGUCAGGAUAACUUAAAAUAUAUAGAUGUAUGUUUAAUAAAUAGGAAGAAGAUAUGUUGGUUCCUAUAAUGUUGAAAUUAGAAAUGUUUUAAAACUAUAUUUUACAUCAUGUUUCGUGACAAAAUACUAUCUAAUAAAGGUUUU